AUGUCCAUCCUCCCUUCCCUUCCCUCCCCCACAGUUGCUUCCCUCCUCGUUACGGGAGCCCUCCUCUUCUUCUUUAACGUGCCAUGGAAUCCACUCCAGCGUAAGAGAAGACGCCAUCUUCCCCCAGGCCCUCCGCGCCUGCCAAUCAUCGGCAACGCGCACCAGAUGCCAACGCGGGAUAUGUGGGCCGUGUUCGCGGAGUGGGGCACAAAGUACGGCGGGAUCAUCCACGUCGAUGUCAUCGGUAAACCGCUCAUCAUCCUCAACUCGCGCAAGGCCGCCGUCGACCUCCUCGACAUGCGCUCCGCGAUAUAUUCAAACAGACCACACUUUGUCAUGGCAGGCGAUCUGGUACGCUACGACGAGUCCUUCACGCUCCUGCCGUACAACGCGCGGUGGCGCGCACAGCGCCGUAUCGUCGCGCAGGAGUUCGCGGCUGGCGGGCCGGUCGCGCGGUAUCACGCCGUGCAGGAACGCGAGGCGCGCUUGCUCGUGCGGCGUUUGCUCGACGCGCAGGAUUCAAAUUCAAAUUCGGGAACGCGGCGGCGGCAGAUGCGUGCGGAGGAGCUGUUCGCGGAGAUGAAGUUGAGGAUAGGCACGAUUAUAGUCCGUAUUGCGUAUGGGUACAAUGUCCAGUCGCCCACGGACCCGUUUUUGACCGCGCCGUUGGCGGCGAUCGCGAAUUUUGCGGUGGCCUCUGCGCCAGGGAACUUUAUGGUCGAUUUUAUCCCUGCGCUGAAAUACAUGCCGCGGUGGAUGCCUGGUGCGGGGUUUUUGGAAACGGCGGAUAAAUGGCGCGAGAUCCUGUGGGAUGCGACGUGGAACGUGUACUGGUGGUCUAAAUCAAACUUGGACACGGGGAAAGCGCACACGCCAAACCUCUGUGCACACAAUUUGCGAGCUAAGGCUGCGGACGGAGCUACAAUGUCAAAGGACGAGGAAGACACACUCGUGUGGGCCGCGACCACCGUCAUGGGCGCCGGCCUCGACACGAACACAUCGUCCGCGCUGAGCUUCCUCAUGGCGAUGGUCAUGUACCCCGACGUCCAGAAGAAGGCGCAGGCGGAGAUCGACGCUGUCCUCGGGCGCGAGCGGCUCCCUUGCAUCGCUGAUAUGCGGGACAUGCCGUAUGUGCGGUGUGUGAUGACCGAGGUCCUCCGUUGGAGUCCUGGGCUGCCUUUUGCUAUUCCGCAUUCAUCACGGGAAGACGAUGUUUAUGAGGGGUAUGAUAUACCGAAGAACGCUAUAAUCAUGCCCAAUGUAUGGGGCAUGCUCCAUAACCCAACAGACUACCCCGACCCAUCACAAUUCAACCCCGACCGGUACAACCUGUCCGACGCGUCGAUGCAAACUGUGCAUGACCUCGUCUUUGGUUUUGGGCGGCGUGUGUGCCCCGGGAAGCAUCUUGCGGAAGGCACGCUCUUUGCGAUUGUGUCGACGGUGCUGGCGACGUGUGAUAUACUCCCUGCGCUCGAUGAGGAUGGGAGGGAGGUGCUCCCCCAAUACGCAUAUACGCCCGGGACAAUUAUGAUGCCAGAACCGUUUUCGGUGCGACUUAGGCCACGCUCAGAGCAUGCUAGGAAGUUGCUGUUUGAAACUCCAAUAACAGUUGAGUAG